AUGAAAGCACCCAUCAUGUCCGCACCGGAAGAAGAACGGUGGCAGUGGGAGCAGUCGGCAGAGCGACAUUUCGCUCGCUGUUGGGAUCCAGACGAGCAGGAGGAGACGGAUGAGGCUUCUAUUGCUCGUAAAGAGUUAAGAAUGCUAUCGUUCUCUCAUCCGGGGAAAUUCAUGGAUAACUUUGACCCAGAGAGAAGCACACGGGAAAUGCGUAAGAUGAACCGCAGAAUCUACAGAGAAACUCUACGUAAGAACCAGCUCUAUGAUGAGACAGGCCACCUGAUUGAGAAUGGUAAGGACCUAUGUGACUGUCUGGAGGUUGAGUGUCCAGGCUGUCACUACCCAUGUCACAGGUGUCAGUCCCCCAAGUGUGGUACAGAGUGCCGUGCCAGCAGGAAGUGGGUGUAUGAAUUUGUUGAGGUGGAGGGUACCAACCUGGUCAUUAAGUGGCCAUCUAAUAGCAAGUCAUGAUGAGUUAUCUCCCCUCUAUUACUUACAUUGGACCAGCUGUGAAGGCCAGAGAUGAGGAGACCAAAUAUAGCAGAAAAGCUCCAAAUGUGCCAAAUUGAGGAAAUAGAAUAUAGGACAUGUUUCAUCAGUUCCAUGUUGAAACUGCAAAAACAAUUACACCUUGCCAAAUUUGGUAUGUGGGAAUGAGAAAAUGAUGACCGGUUUAUUUAGUAUUGAAGCCUCAUCUGAAUUACCUCCUUGUCACAAUGUUAUACUUUGGUUUUUGAUGUGUUAAACUGUGAAAAUGGCACCUCACCUACUGAAGUAGGCAUAUGCAGUAUGUAAGUUAUGUCACAACAGUGGCAACUAUAUCUGAGCAACAGAUUGUGGAAAAACAGAACAUUAGCCAGAGAGUUUUGUACAUCUUAAAUGAAGAUUUCAGUUUAGAUAGAAUAUACAUGUACAUUUUUGAUGGAGUUUGCCGACGCUGUAAGUCUGCUGUACAAUACAGUACGUGUGUUUACAUGAGGAGGUAUUUAAGUUUCCACUGCAUGGUUUAAAAUUUAUGUAGCAUUUGUCCUGGGCUUUUCAAAUUUGCAUACAAAAUGAAAUUCUGUCUUGAAGGUACAUGUAGGUCUUCAGCUAGGCUUGCUUCUAUGGCACCCUGUUGAUACAGAAUUAAGAAUUUCUUUUUAUAGUGAUUCUAAUAAAUUUAUGAUAAACACAAAAAAAUGCACCAGAGCAAGAAAACAAAGUGUUCGAAGCCUGGCUUAAGACAACUCAAGUUAAAUCCACUGAGAUAUGUUUGUAUGUUAUUUGUUUGACUCCAGAAUGAAUGAAUGAACGUUUUUUUCCAAUCUGAAAUUCAAUGAAGGAAACCAAGAUAAAAGUACUUCUCAAUGAAAAGAAGACUAAUAUUUAAGGUUUUUCUCAUUUUCCUGAGGUUGAUUACUGGUGGUCAGUAUAAAAGUAGAUAUGUCAUGGUUAUUGUAAGACGCAGGUGAUGUUACUACAGAAUAUUCAUGAAGUAUUCUUCAUCAAAGGGUUUACAUGGUCUGAUGUAGAAAUUUAGUGUCACUGUGUUGUACAUUUUUCAUAUCUUUGAUUCGAUGGAAAAUGAAACUUGCCUGUGUUCAUUCUAAUUGUGUCAUUAAAGCAAUCCUUUAUACAAGUGUAGGUCUGGCAGCAAUUUGCAAAUGGUUGUGGGUUUCCUCGGGGCUCUGCCCGGUUUCUUCCCACCAUAAUGCUGGUGGCCCUCGUAUAAGUGAGAUAUUAUUGAGUAUGGCGUAAAACGCCAAUCAAAUAAAUAAAUAAAUGUAUACAAGUGUGAUUCUCAAAUACUAUGUGACUGUGGACUUGAUACAUGCAAAUGAAAUUUGUCAAAAUGGGACAAGUAGAAAAUUCAACCUGCUCAGGAUAAUUUGAAAAGAUCACGGUGAACAUAAUAUUUUUAAGAUUGAUGUAAAUUCUGCAUCUUGUAAAUUCUUAAUCAAUUCAAGCUGUCAAUCAGUCAGUGUUAUAUUUACAGACAAGUUCUUUAAAGCAUAUAUAGAACAUACUUUGCAUUAUUUCCUAAAGAUUUUUAAAAGAGUAUGUCAUGAAUCAAUUCACUGAUUAUCGUGUGGUUUACUUGGUUGUACAUGUAAUUAUUUUGUUGACAAAAGAAGCACAGUAUUUGGUAGGAUAUCUGAUUAUGUUCUUUAAUAAAUGGUGA